AUUCCACGUAUCCGCAUCACCAGUUCUGUUGGAUGUUACAUGUGUCUAUUUUAAUAACCCACCGACGAGAGUCGAAAACGAUGGCGACGACGGCGAGUGUGUCUGCGGUAGCAAAAAUGAUCGAAGCUGGAGCGUUCGGACCGGACGGUCGUUUCGUUUCGUUCGCACUCGACGAACAGAACGCCAAAAAUGCUCAUUUCGCAUCGAUGAUACUGUAUGGGACUGUCAUGAUUGACCGCGAUGGCCGCCGCCAAAACCAUCAGCUCGUGUUCAAGCUCAAGCAUUCAUCUCCCGAUUUGCGGGCGUUUUUCAAGAACGAUCUACAGUUCCACAACGAGAAAUUAUUCUAUGAACGGAUCGCACCGUUCCUGUUGAUGUGCUGCCCGUCAAAUAACGACGACACGCAUGCAACAACUCCGCCGAUUUGUCGUUACUUUUACGGGCGUAACGAUUGUGGUGAAUUAUGGCACCGGGACGUGGGUCUUGGAAACGAGACCGUUUACGGAUACCAGUUAGCAGUCACCAAUCAUCGGUUGUGUUUGGAUUUCGAUCACCUGGUCGUUGCGAUCAGAGUUCUAGCAAAGUUCCACAGUUUGUCGUACAAAGCCAAGCACGUAAAUCGUGACAAGUUCACGGAUCUGGUGGCCAAAGUGAAGGAUACUCAGUGGAAUGACGACGGGCAGUGGCUUGUAAUAGACAAAGGACUUGGAGGGUUACUUUCUGUGGCUGUUGACAAGAUAAUAGAGCGUCGCGGAGACGAUGGACGUGCGCGCCAGUUUCAGACGGAACUGUUGGCCGACGCGUCAGACACGUUGAGACGUGUGAUGGAACCUGUCGAACCGCUGUCCGUCCUGUGUCACGGCGAUUUCAACCGUAACAACCUGAUGUUUAAGUACGACGACGAUGGCCGGCCGGUGGACGCGCUGGCGUACGACAUGGCCACCGUACGGUAUGGGUCGCCGGCGAUCGACUUGUCCUUUUUCUUGUACAUGAACACGGACCGUCAGACUCGGGACGAUCACUGGGACGCACUGUUGGACGCGUAUUGCGAGACGUUGGCCGCUGUCGCCGGUGACGUCCCUGUUCCGGACCGCGGCCGACUGGAUGUCGAAAUGCGCGAGCACGCGUUCUAUGGGUUGGCGCACGCGUCGUUUUUCCUGCGGAUCAUGUUGGAAGAACAGAAACCGAUCGCACCACUGGAAUUCAUCAAUAUGACCUUCGAUCAGGUAAAGGAUCUCUUGUUGUCGUUUGGUGGUGAACGGGCUACCGAUUGGGUGGCCGACAUCGUCCAACACUAUUUGGACACGUUGUUCGCCGAAACGUGAACAUGUUAAUUAUACGCAUACGCGUUUCCAGUUUUCCAUGAUUAUUAUACCCUCGUUCAAUCCUUAUUCUAUGAUAAUAUUAUGACAAUUCUCUAUCGCGAUAAUCGUCUUGCAGCAAAUUAUGUAGUUUUCAUAAUAUUAAAAUAAAUACAAAUUUUGUUUUUAUUUUAUGUGAUAUUAUAUCCUUCUGUACUUAUACUUGUAUGUGAAUAUUGUAAUUGACUUCAUGAUUUUAUACCAUUAUAUAAUUUUAUUUUUAAUCACUUAUAAAGACAACGAGUAUGCUUAUUUCCAUUGAAAGCAUUUAGAUGGAACCCGACCAUACUUAAUGAUAAAGUAUUAUUUUAUCAUCUCUUGCUCUGAAAAAUGUAAUGGUUUUUUAAAUUUUUAGCUUUAUAUAAUAUGUUUAUUAUCGGUUGAUUUAUAUGUCUUAAUUAAA